AUGGCUGAUUAUCGCAAACUUUAUCUUAAGUCCAGAACCAGCAGCAGCAUUAAGCCUUUCACUCUGAGAAACGUACAAGAGGAGAGAGUCGGCAUGUCGCAAAAAAAUAACCUUCAGUUCUCCAUCAGGGAAUACAAACCCUCGGAUCAAGCGGUGGUGAUGUCGCUCUUUCGGAAUGGGAUCUUUGAGCACGUGUAUCCAGCUUUCUUUCAGGCCAUGAGCAAUCCGGACCACGUGGGUGUGGCUCUGAGCAUCUGUAUGGCCGGUUACGUACUCGGAGGCAGUUCCUACUUCCAAGCGUUGCUCUUCGGCAGCCUAUGGGCCGGCCUGAUUUAUUAUUGCUGCUACGACAUCUACGAGGGCUACAUGUUGAGGAGGUUGAGCGCGGACAUGGCCGACAUUCCAACCAGCUACCUGAAAAACCCCGAUAACGGUUUCUGGGUGGCCGAGGCCGACGUCAACGGCCAGUCCAAGCUGGUGGGGAUAGUGGCGGUGACCGGGAAGAGAGGGGGGGAUGAAGAAGGCGAGAGGUUUGAGGAAUGGAACGGAGGAGUGAGCGGGACCGAAGCGACUCCGGACUCGAGGGACGGAGGUUUCGGGGAGAUGUCUCACGUCGUCGUCGUCUUUCCGUGGCGCCGCAAAACUCUAGGAUCGCAAUUGACCCGUAAGGCCUUGGAUUUCUGCAAGGAGCGGGGCUUCGCCGAGCUGGUCGUCAACGUCGGCUCGUCGCAGACGGCGGCCAUUUCCAUGUUCCAGAAGUUAGGCUUCCUUCAAACGGCGUCGCACCGCAACACACACCGCAACCCGUGGUUCUCCAAGCUAGCCGGAAUAAAAGUCAUCCAAAUGAAGAAGUUAAUCUAAAAAAACAACGUAGAUUUCGUCCCCUGACACAAUCACGACCGCCCAACACAAUUAGAGAUAAUGCCAGUUAAUUUAUAUUUUGAUCUGAUGCAAUGCAAAAAAAAAAGAUGUGUCGUGUGGUCAAUUGUGUCCUCAGGUAGUCUGAAGACAAACAAACCAUUAAAUGUCAUGCUUUUCCACAAUUGGCACUAACGUGCACUGCUUUCUUGCGUCGUUUCUUACCUGGAUGUAUUAUUUAUACAUUUUAUCCCAUCACAGUCAUUUGCCCACUAGUGUCCACUAAUAUCGAAAACAAUUGGUCAGCUUCUGUGGUGGAUCAAAUGAGCUUAUUACUUGUAAAAAGAAGAAAAGGUUUUAUUAAAUUGAUCACUGUUUACUGUUUAUGCAUUCAGCAAACGCUUUUUUUUAAAGCAACU